UUAUAUCAGUAAUUUGAUAUUUUAAUGAGAAUUAAAGCACUGUAUUUGAAUGAAUUAGCCAGAAUGCAUGCUCAAGUUGGCGAAGGUGAUCUAGCAGCUAGAUUUUACAGAAUGGCUAGUGAUGUGGCACAGGAAAAAUUCAGGGAAUGUAAAGCAGCAGACCAGAUAAGUGGUCAGACACAGAUGUUACUAGCAAACCUCAAUGAUCAGGGGAUUUUGAAUGAAGAUAAGGCAAGAAAGUCCAAAAGAUACUGGACAAGUGUCCUAUCCUCCCCCUACUUCCACAAAGAGGAAAGUGAACGUGCCGCUAUCGAGGCGAUGUUAUGUUUCCAUGGUAAUUGUUGGACAGAUGCAAAUUUGUCAUGGUUACAAGUUGCUGCUGAUUGGUUGAAAGAAUUGGUAAAUUCUAAUCCUGACCUUCACUAUCAUUUGGCUUGUGUUAAUGGCUUUAUGGGAAAUUUUGAUGAAGCAGAAGAUUGCAUUAGAAUGAGUGACUUUCGAUUGCCAUAUUGUGAUACCAUUCCAAAUGAUAUAAAAAUUACCACUGCUAUGCGAUGGGGAUGUUUAACUACGUUUAACACAAAAGCAAUUCCUCAUUUGAAUAUCAUGUGGAGGACACAGUUAUGUCAUUCUUCAUAUGUCAGUGAAAGGUAUUAUUGGAUGGAUAUUGAUUUUUGUAACAGAGACUUACAUUUACGUUUUAAUCCCGAAGGCUGUAUCACAGGAGAUAUGCAAAUGUAUUUACCACCAAUCAGAGCUGUCAGUUUGAAUCCAUAUACUGGGUGCUUAACUUUUAACAGCAUUCCAGGAAAAACAGAGAGUUGGAUAUGCUAUCAAGAUGGCUUUUAUAUUCCGACACUAUGCGAACUAUACAGAGAUAAAGAUGGCAUUACAGUCAAUAUGAAACAUCAAAGUUUAAAAUGUUUUGAGAGUUACUACCGCAAGAAUACUAACAAAUUUAGAGCUACCCAUUCUAUGGUUCUGAAUUGGAGGAACAGUGAAGGACUUACAGAGAAAUUCAACUUAUUUUGGAAGAUUCAAGAUGUUUUGUACAAGGAAACAAAAACUGAAAUUUUGCAGAAAGUUAUUCCAGACAAGGAUAAUCAACAACAGUUUAAACAAGAUGCUCUACGAUACCUUAAUUUUGCCUAUAAACAUGGAUGUUCUAUUACGAUCGAUGAGUGUAUGCAAGCAGCCGCUUUUCGCAGAGGUAAAGAUGGAAAUCUUGCUAAAAAUCCCCAGGAAUAUUAUCAAAUGACAUCAAGUUUUCAACCAAAAUGUCAAAUAUAUAUAUAUGGACAACCAGUUAUUUAUGGAAAAUGUCUACUGUUUCUUGUUAGCUAUGGCAAGGAUAAUAGAAACAGAAUAAGAGUGAUUAUUAGAUGUGCUGACAGAGAAAAUUUUAAAAGUCCAAUUAUACAUAAACUACAUCUAGGAACAGUUAGUAUCAGCGAAUCAUACAAAACUGUUGGAGCAAAGUUAGCCUGGUGUGCAGCACAUGGACAGACAGGUAAAAUCAUUUUAUUAAACCAGUAUGGGGAGAUACAUGAGCAAUUUCCCUUUAGAAGCAUUAUAGCAAAGAAACAGUCUCAGAAGGUAGACAGCUUUUGUAUCAUGGGAGAAAACUUAUAUUGACAAGGAUGACAGAAUGUGUAUUAGACAGGAAAAUGAGAACAUAACCAUUGCUAAUUUAACUGAUGUGAAAGAGAUCUUUGUUGUAAAUGCUGAUGUUUGUAUUGUACAAGAAUCUUCAGGAGUCUGUGUGUUUAACAUCAGGAACAACACAUGUUUGAAACUGAAUUUAAAGAUAAAAGAAAGCAUUGAAAGGGAUAUUUUAGUAAGAGAUGAAUAUGUUAUUCAUUUGGCACACAACAUAAGUAUUCAUAUAUUGAAGACAAAGAUGAUGAAAACUGAUGAAAACAUAAUUUAUAAAAUUGUACUGCAUGCCGAAACCUUGCUUUUGGUCCUUGAGAUAUCAGAACAACAAAGUAAACAGUUUUACGAAGCUUCGGUUACUAUAGCAAUACAUCUGCCUGGUUAUCCAACAGAUUUCUGCUUUGUCAGCAGAAAUGCUGGCUUUUUAGUUUCUUGGAAACACGAAAAAGAAAUAAGCCAUAAGUAUUCUAGACAGCAUUUGUUUCAUUUUUCCACUGAAGGUCAGCUAUUAGGAAUAAUUCCAUUCCUUGGUGAUAGUCCAUUCUCAUUUUUCCCAGUCUUUCUGGAUGGAGAUACCAGCAUACAGCAAAAAUAUCCAGGCUAUGGAACAGCAGGGUGGUAUGUGUACAUGAGGGAUGGUCAUGGAGGAAUAUUGUGUGUUAAAUUACUGGAUUUUCAUUAAAAGAACUCAUAAACAGUUUUAGUUUGCAGUAAACAAAAACGAAAAGGAAUAUAAUAAAUGCAAAACCAUAUGUAAUAUAUAUUGCAUUUAAAUUGUUAAAGAAUCCGUGAUAUAAGACUUGCAUACAGGCAAUUUUAACUAAAUGCCACAAUGACAUAGUUGUAUGAUACAUUUGUUUAUUAUUAUAUUGACAUAUUGGUUUAUCGGCCGUGCGAGAGUCUCAUGGAUAUGUUAGAUCGUUAAACAGCCCCUAGUAAACAUUUGUACUUUUCUAUAUGAAUAUUAUGAACACAGAAAUAUUAGACUAGAAUAUUUUGUCAAUGAUUUGCAUAGGAUCUAACAUUUGCCACACAAAAAUACAAAAUGCAAUACUAGUAUAUACCCUUACACUAUAUUGCUAACUUAAAUAUAUUUUUGCUCCAAGUUUUGAAUGAUACCUUAUUAAAUAAAUAAAAAGUAUUUUAUUAA